UACUUUCCAUAUACCAUGGGUAUCAUGCAAAACGGUAAGCGACAAGUCUAUGGUGUGACAGGUUCUCUCUUUGGAAAUAUCACAGCCUCUCUCAACAUAAGCUACGACCUCUUGGACAGCGUGGAUGAGUACUGGGGCAACCUUCUCGACGAUGGAAAUUUCACCGGCCCUCUUGGAAUGCUGCAAAGGAACGAAGCGGACGUAGCUGUGGGGCCAUUCUCCCUAAAGGUGGACUAUCUACGCUAUCUCUACGCGGCCGAGGCACACAUAUACGAGGACGUACCAAUGCUGAGUGGAUUAAAGAGACCCUUUUUGCCUGGCGCCUUCUCCUCCACGGAUUCCUUCGAGCCAAAGAUGAUGGCGUUACUGUUCUCUUCAAUGCUGGCUCUUGUGCUUCUGUCUGCCUGGUCCCUGCGUACAGCAAGGGGCCACUGGGCGACCACUGUGCAGUCGGUGUUCUGGGUCUACGUGGCGUUACUUUUACUAAAAUCUACAAGCACAAGACGCCUGCAGUCGACGGCUUCUCAGAUCCUUUUAGCAUCGUGGAUGAUUGGCACAUUCGUCAUUGGCCAGUACCUGACGGGUCAGGUCAAAGCAGCGCUGCUCAUCCGCUCUCCAGCUCCCCGCAUUGACACUCUCACGGAAAUGCUGGCGCGGCGACCACCCAUACGUCCAGUGACGCUCAAAGCCACCCCACUCAUGAACAUGCUUCAACUAUCCGGCCUGGAGUCUUAUCGAGCUCUGCAUGGACGCAUCGUACGCAUGCGCGGCGAGCUGUCGCAAACCGAGGUGUACUCGCUCCGCACGCUGCGUCAGGUGGUCGCCGGCGAGACGGUGCUCAUCAUGGACGCCACGGGAAACCGCGUUUUCGUGGCGCCCCACUGCGACACCCUGCAACCGGCUUACUUCCACGUGUCCCGACAGCGCAUCGAGACGGCCGACUUCGUGUGGUACAUGAACAGGCGUCUGGAUCCCCGACUGGUCGCGGCAAUGAAUCGCAGGAUCCGAUGGCUGGUGGAAGGAGCCGUGCCGUUCAUGCAUCACCACGAGAUAUUCCGGAAGCCGGCAACCUGCUUCCUCGACCAGCACGGAGGAAGCGGAAGGGAAGCGGCGGCCGUACAGUACGAAGUGCUGCAUCUUGAGGACGUCGAGGCAGCCUUCCUAAUUCUGCUCUGCUUGCUGGCAUUUGCCACUACAGUACUCCUCUUCGAAUUGGCCUUCCACAAGGGUUCCGCGCUGAAAAAAAAAUGAUGCUAGGAAUGUGCAGUGAUGACAGACAACGUGACUGUUAACGACAUUUACUAGACGUGGUUGUAUUCUUGCCUUGUCAGCAAGCUGAUCGGUUAGUUAGUGCAGAUUGCGCAAAUAUCACAUCGGUGCACCUCUAUGAGCCUGCGAACCUAAUUCAGCAAUGAGAGCAAGGAAUUGUAGAACCUACUCCUACCCGUCGUGAUCGCAUAGUAGCCUUCGCAUUGCUUUUCUGAGCCCGGGGACGCAGCAGUAAAUUCCGACCUCGAUGGUAGCAUUUCUAUGCCAGCGAAAUGUAAAAAAAAGUGCUUCGUGCACGUUAACGAACCUCCGGUGGUCUAAAUUAUUCUGGAGUCCCCACUACGGCGUGCCUUAUGAUCAUGUCGUGGGCUUGGCGCGUAAAGCGCCAUAACAAAGGAACCUACUCGUCUCAAACAUGGGCUAAAUCUUACCAUGUUACUGUGUUGUGCGUAAAGCCGGGCGUCAUUUUGAAGGUGUUCACAUAGGCGUAAC